AUGUCAUUCUUCUCAAGGAAGAAGCAGCCUAGUGCAAGUCAGCUUGCUGCUUCAUCCGUAACAGUAGCUCAGACUCCAAGCCAAGCUCUUGCCCAGCUGGCUGCAAAGGACAAUACUCCUCAACUUCAACACCUACGCGAUAAUGAUUCUUCAAAUACCACGAAUGGCCCUGUAGCAGCCCUCGCUCAACGUCAACAAGCUCGCGGAACCAGCCCCAUCAUAACCCAACAACAGUCCCAGUCACAGCAGCAACCACCGCCCCAAACUUCCCAGCAGCCUCAACAACGGCCAGCUUACCCCUGGUCUGCACGGCGCUUACUCCUUCCGCCCCCGCUCGUAAUCCCAAAGCCUGGCGUCGCCGCGCCAAAUUCACCUUCACCUUCACCAUUCCCUCGCUAUGGCCAUGCACUUCCCGCGACAGCCACUGCUUCGGGAGACUUGUAUCUUUUUGGUGGUCUCGUUCGCGAAACCGCCCGCAAUGAUUUAUACCUUUUCUCUACUCGCGAUCUUUCCGCGACUCUCGUGCAGACAGGCGGAGAAAUACCCUCGCCACGAGUCGGUCAUGCUAGUGCAAUCGUUAGCAGCGUUCUCAUCAUAUGGGGAGGCGACACAAAAACAGAUCCCUCCUCUGAUCAGUCAGAAAAACAAGACGAUGGCUUGUAUCUUCUGAAUCUCGUUUCACGAGAGUGGACCCGGGUAGCUAUGCACGGUCCUGCACCUGCUGGACGCUAUGGUCAUGCUGUUACUAUGGUCGGCACCAAAUUUUUCGUCUUCGGAGGUCAGGUAGAUGGCGAGUUCCUGAAUGACCUCUGGUCAUUUGAUCUCAAUACUCUACGGACAACAACAGCUUGGGAGCUGUGUCAACCCGUCGGAGCCGCCCGUCCUGCCCAACGCACAGGACAUGCCUGUGUAACAUACCAGGAUCGUAUCAUCGUGUUCGGAGGAACAGAUGGCCAAUACCAUUACAAUGAUACGUGGUCGUAUGAUACUAAUACCAGGACAUGGUCGGAACUGCAAUGUAUUGGAUUUAUUCCCUCACCCCGGGAAGGCCACGCAGCCGCUGUAGUCGACGACGUCAUCUAUAUAUUUGGUGGCCGGGGUGUAGACGGCAAGGACCUUGGCGACUUGGCAGCUUUCAAAAUGUCAAACCAGCGGUGGUACAUGUUCCAAAAUAUGGGUCCAGCGCCUAGCGGCCGUUCGGGACAUGCUAUGGCGUCCAUGGGAACUAGAGUUUUUGUUCUUGGCGGAGAGUCUUUCACGCCAACCAAGGGCGACGACCAUGGAAUUAUUAAUGUUCUUGACACCAAGCACAUCAAAUACCCUGAUUCAAGCAAAGGACCCCCGGCCAACAAGAAUGAUCGAAAAUCAUCUGCAACACCUACGCCUCCGCCAGGACCACCCGCACCAGGAAGCACUGUGCCUAAUGGUAUCCGUGCCAUGUCCCCGACAGGUGCUCCUCAAGACGUAGACGACCUCCGCCGGGCUAUAUCUCCGCCAGGAACUCGGCCUGGAACUCGUACACCGAAUGGUGCCCCUGCGCAGUCAUCUCCCAACACCAAAGGUAAAGCACCGACGCGCCCUCGAAGAGAUGAUGGGGACAUGUUUGGAACAGAUGAUGGGAACGGGACAGACACCGGUGCUACCAUCGAGUCUAUCACUACAUCCCGAGAUCAUGCACCAUCUCCAGACCAGACCCGAGCACGGAGUCCCAACUCCUUCAGUGUUGUCACCCGCGCGAUGUCCCCCACAUCUCAGAGUGGAUCCGAUCCCUAUGGCAACGUACAGCCACCCAACGUGGCGAGCGUGACGAUGAGCAGUCUGGCUGCCCGAAGUCCAUCACCCGUUGUGGAUCGUAGCAGGCCACCUCUUGAUGCUUUCUAUCAGCCAUCAGGUGGUUCUCCCGGUGCGAACGAGAACGGAAACGGAAACGGGCAUGCCCAGGGGAAAUUCGGUUCAACGGGGAAUGUGACAGCUGAUCUGAUUCGGGAUUACAAGGUCAAAGAGAUGGAGGUCGAAACGUUGCGGAGGCGAGAGGCUUGGAUGAAGACAGCGCUUUUGAAGGCAUCCCGGUCGGGCUUUAUUCAACUUGGCGAAGAAGCAUUGGAAGUCGAGGAUAUUGACUUCCAAGAUGAUACCAGUGAGGAACAAAGGAAACUUGCUGACAUGGUCAUGAAUUUUAGACACUUCAAGACCCAGAUGCAGACCACCCUGGCCAAUCAGGCCCGCGAGGCUUCUGAGCGCAUUGCGGAUGCCGAGCGCGUGAAGUCCGCUGCGAUCCAGGAAGCUGCAUACUACCGUGCGAAGCUCACUGCCUACGAAGCAUCUACACCUGGCGAGGUCUCGCAAAUAGAGCGAGAGCGUAUUGCUGAGCUUGAACGUCAUCUUGCCACUCUCCUAGCGGAACAGACUGCACAGAAGAAGACAACAGAGGAGCUGAGCGACUCGCUCGCCUUGCAGACUACGCUUCUUGAGCAGGCUGAGGCACGGUCCUCCGACGCCAGCAACCGUGCUGAUGCCCUGGAGGAGACACACCAUCGUGUUGUUCGUGAACACUCUGAAAUUCGUGACCGUUGCGUGGAAGUCGAGGCCGCGCUUCGAGAUCACUCCGAUCGACUUAUUGGCCAGACUUCGGUGCUUGAGCAAAAGGACGCUGAGAUCUCCCAGGUCAAGAGACAGGUUGAAGAGUUGAGCCAACUCCGGGAUCAGCAUAUCCGCGCUCUCGAUCAAGCCCGUACGGCACUACAAGCCAUUUCCUCCCGCUCUGAAGAGGAUCAACGCGCUCGUGAUCAUAUCACUCAGCUAGAGGCAGACAUUGCAGAAUUACGCGGUGACCUAGAGACUCGCACAUCCGAAGUGGAACAAGCGAGGAUCAGACUUGCAGAGGUUGAGAACGCGUGGGCCAAGUCUCGUGAAGAAGCUGAUGCAAUCCGUGCACUCACCACUGGCAGUCUUGGCGAACUUCUCGAUUCGCAUCGUGACCUCAAGGCGGACGAAGAUCGAUUGACGAGAGGACAUGCGGAGAAAAUGGAGGCUAUGGAGGUGGAAGCUGCUUCUCUACGGAAGAUGCUGAAGGAGGUCACUCAGCAGCUGGAGGAAGUGCAAAGGGACCUCUCAGAGGAACGGCGCAGGGUACGGCAGACGGAAUCCGAGCAAACAUUCCUACGAUCACAAAUCGUGGGCCUCCGAGCGCAAUUAUCCAGCUCUGUUUUGGAGCAGGGUCGUCUGCGCAAAGAUCUUGCAGAAAAAGAUAAUGAUCUGCGGGGUGCGUUGAAGGAGACGGCUGAUACCAAUAUCCGCCUGGCAAUGCUCCGGAACUAUCUUUCAGAAAAUGGCAUCAUCCCAGAUUCGGAUGAACCUUCUUCAAAUUCGGGAAGCGCUUCGCGACUGGCAGACCUGGAGAAACAGUUGGAAGAACGCUCCUUGAUGUACGAGCGCUCAGAGCGGGAACUCAACGGAGCUCUUCGAAGGAAGCGCGAACUUGAGGCUCAGUUGAGUGCGAUGUCACAACAACAAGAUCGAUCGAGGUCUAUGCAGAGUCCUGUGAACCAAGGUGACUCAGAAGCUGACGCACGCGCUCUUGAAGCUGAACGGAAACUCGAGGAGACGGAACGAAGCUAUAAGGCGCGAAUGCGCCAGAUGGAAGAGGACUAUCAGCUUGCUGUGCAUUAUGUGAAGAUGAAAGAUGAGGUUACGAGGACGAAGACUGCCUAUGCUAGUCUGCAAGCGGAACUGGAUACUGUUCGAGGACGAUCCAGUACUGAACCGCGACGUGGUGUCAACGGUCGCAGCACUCCUUCAGACGACAAUCACGAGCACCUUCGCGGCCAGUUGAUUGAUGCACAGAAGCAAAGUCAGCGUUUAAUCAAUGACAACAAAGAUCUCCGUCAAAGAAUGGAGACACUGGAGAAAGAUCUCGACAUCAUGAAGGAUAACUUUGUCAUCUCUCAGCGAGAGUUUGACGAACGCCAGACUCGUGUGGAGGAGCUAGAGUUGGAGAUUGAGAGAAUGAAUGCUACUCUCGCUGUAUAUCGCGAAGGAAGUGGCGCCAGUUUACUGGAACAGCUCACCGUCGAAAACACCAACCUCAAAAGGGAAAACGAACAGCUUUCGCAUAAAAUUCACCUUCUCCUGGAAGUCGAUCAGCCUCUCAAACGACCAUCCAGCAUGACGAGCUCCGAGAAUUUCGAGCACCUGUCGAAUGAACUGGACGAUUGGCAGCGACAAAUGGCUAGCUCGUUUGGCGCCCGGCGACCGCUAAGUGAUUUCGAAUCUCCCUCUCAUUUAGUAGGACAUGAGCGAACCCGGUCGCGAUCGUAACACUUGUUUUUUGUGACAUGUUAUUUUUUUGCUUUGCACAUAUAGUUAUACCCUUAUUACCUUGAUUGCUGACCGCCGCUCAUGCUCACAUUCGUUUCGUUUCGUACUUCUACGUCCCUCCGUUGCUUCCUCGUUCGACGUCAAUUAUUCUCCAUAUAUAUUGUGACAUGCAUCAACAUUUGCGACAUCUCGAGUCCGACUCAUUGUGAAUCGGAUGCAGCUUUUUGUGUCCACUCGACUGCCUUCUGCUUGACAGCCGAUGCACCUUCCUCGUCACCAAUCUUACGCUCUAGUUCAAGCCACUUCUUGAAAAAUGACCUUUACGCGACAUUAACGCAUGCAAUUCCACUAAGUAGUAGGACACGUACUUCGCCUUAUGGCUAGUCAUUUUAAUGGCAAACACACGAUUGAAGAUGUUCCUGCG